AUGGGAGGCGAAGUAGGCGGAGACAAGCAGAAGUUCUGUGGGCGGCCGUUGAUGCGGCCGCUUCUGAGGCAGGUGAUGCAGAACGCAAUUGAGCAGAACCAGAAUUUAUUCGGGCAGAUCCUGGUAGUGCACGACGGAGCCAACGCGUUGUUCACGCCCGCAGCACUGCCGCUUCCGACAGUGGAGAUCAAGCCACUCGUGUACGCGCUGAACGCAGUAAUGAAGGCUGGACUGGUUGGCAGUCGCGUGGAGUUGACGCAACGAGUCACAAACCUCAAUGAGAUUAUGGGGGUGUCCGAGUCGUCCGCACGGUCGACAAUGAUAAACGUUGAUGGAAAUCCCGUGUCGGUGGAACAGUACUUCGUGGAUCGCUAUCACAUUCGGCUGCGCUAUCCGAAUCUGCCUCCAGUGAACCUCGGCAGAAGAAAGGCUGGUACGGAGAGCUGGGUCCCGAUAGAGCUGUGUGAGGUGGCCCCUGGUCAGCCCUACUGUGGGCCCGAUCGCUCCAACACGACUGCGAUCCGCACCCAAGCUGUGGUCAAGCCACACGUCCGAAUGAACGGCAUCCAGCGGCUUCGUGACUCGUUCAACUUUGAGAAUGACCCUUUCCUCCGAGCUUUUGGGCUUUCAGUCGCUGAGCGAAUGGAGGGGGUCGGUGCGCGGGUGCUGGCCGCCCCUGACAUUCAGUAUGGGAAUGGUGUGCAUCGUCCAAGAAACGGCAAUUGGAAUUUGCAGGACAAGACGUUUGUGAAGCCAUGUACGCUCUCGAACUGGGGCGUCGUCAUCUGCAGCAGUAUGAAUGGCAGCUAUCCGUGCGUGAACCGCCAAGCCGCGGAACGGUUUGUAGCUAGCGCUGGGGUCGCUCUCCGACACGUCGACGGACUGCUCCUCGACGUCGUCCAACAUGGCGUCCACGUACACGCUCGCGGGGCUCAGUGA